AUGAUGGCGUUGCUGAAAAUGAGUUGCAUAUUUGUUCUCAUCUUGCUGAAUUGUUUGGCAUGGAUUGUCCAUGGGAGUCAUUUUCUUGGUGGAACAAUUACAUGGCGUCUCUUGAAUCAAUCAGCUACAGGAACGCCUGUUGCUGUUGUCAUCACACAAACUUAUUCGUGGUCAUAUUCUCUGAUAACAUGUACUAAUGCUAUGAUUAGUAGUAAUCAAUUGAUUCCUACUAGUUCAUAUCCAUUACUUCUGACGGCCACACUCAAUUGUAUCGCUAAUUGUACUAGUGGCGCAAUUGGUUACGUGGCUCCUAACAUCAGACCUCGAUGCACAAAUAUCUCGCCUUCGCUUGGAAUCACUGUUGGACAACGUUCUGACACUGUCUCUAUAGAAGCAGGUAGCGAUUUUUCCGUUGCCUAUCAGGACACUGCCUGGCGACCUUUAGCAUCAAGUGCUAGUGCAGCUUGGUCUGUUUCAUCACGUAUCCAGCUAACAAUAAGACCUGACAAUAGUCUCUAUAACAAUGCUCCUACUGCUUCUCUCAUGUCUCCCAUUAAUAUUCCUUAUAAUCAAUCAACAGCUAUUUAUAUACCUGUGGCCGAUGCCGAUGGAGACAUUACUCGUUGUCGAUGGUCGACAUCCUUGAAUGGAGUUAAUGAAUGUGGAGGUGUUUGUCCACCUGGCUCAUUACCAGCUAAUACCAUGAUCUAUCCUAACUGUACUAUCAUAAUCAUAGAUCAGACUAUUGGAGAUUGGUUCGCUAUUACUCUGAUGGUCGAAGACUUUAUCAAUUCAUCUAGUAUCGAUCCUCUAAGUUCGGUACCUGUUCAGUUUCUUGUUCAAGUCGUUAGCCCACCAGGAUGUACCAUUGCACCUGAAAUUAUUGGAAUACCACUUGAACAAGCGUGUAUUCCACUAAGUGUCGGUCAAACAUUCAAUUCAGAACUUAUGGCAGUCAAUAACUGUGGAUUAAGUGUGACGAUUGUCGAUAUUGCAACACUCUCAUUUAGUGGAAUGAUCCAAGGAAACAUUGCUCAAUUAAAUACAACAAUCUACUACAAGACUCUUUCAUGGAUACCGACCACUGCUCAAAUCGGCUUUCAAGUGAUGUGUGCUAUGGCUUUAGAUAGUCAAAACGCUCAAUCUGCUCAGUAUUGUUUCAAAUUCUAUGUAUCAGAAACUUCUGCUUGUGCUUGUCCUGGGGAGACCUGCAUCACUACUACCACAACGUGA